AUGGGUCUAAGGUGCGUUUCGAAGCCAUGGCUCUCUCUUAUCUGUGACCCUUAUUUCAUCAAAACCGACUUCAAUCGCAAUCGCAACGCCAAUAACGAAAAACAACACCACGACCGACUCAUUCUCGUUUCGGAACCUCGCGAUUUCCACUCCGUGGAUCUCAAAUCGUUACAUUCCCGUGAUGAUUUCGAGGCUUUGCACAUGAAAUUCCCACCAGAGCAAAACCCAAAUCAUUGCAUGAAGAUUUGGGGUUCGUGUGAUGGGUUGUUAUUGAUGAUCGAUGAUGUUUUCAAUUGUUCUUUGGUGAACCCAUCUACUAGACAAUCUAGAAAAUUACCCAAAUCCCCAUUUUCAAUCAACUCUAAAUAUUGUUUAGAGAGUUAUGGGUUUGGUUAUGAUUCAUCCAAUGAUGAUUACAAAGUCAUGAGAAUUUCUCAUCGUGACUAUGACUAUUCGGUUGAUCGUUCUGAAAAUAUAGUUAGUGUGUAUAACUGA